AUGUGGCUACUAGGACUGGUUUCCUGCCUUCUAGUGACCUUCACAGUGUGGCCGAUGCAACAGUGCAAUGGGCAGCUCACUCUUGAGCAGAUGAAAAUAGUGGCAACAAGAACGAAUGAAACGCAUUUCGAUGGUGUGCUCAAAAGUAUCCUAAAGCCGCGCAUCGUCGGAACGGCCACUCACGGUGAAGUGAAACGUAGCAUCAUCGGGGAGUUAAAUUCGCUCGGAUUUACGGUCGAGCUCGACGAGUUCAAUCAAAAGGCUCCCCACUUCGGUAUGUUGAAGUUUACAAACAUCAUCGGCAAAUUGAAUCCCGACGCGGAUAAGUAUCUCGCCCUCGCCUGCCACUACGACAGCAAGUACUUCCGAGAGCACGCCUUCGUCGGCGCCGUUGACUCAGCCGUUCCGUGCGCCGUAAUGCUCAACCUCGCCAAAACGACCGAGUCGGCCCUAAAACUGCUACGAAACAAUACCGACCUGAGCCUGAUGCUACUGUUCUUCGAUGGCGAGGAAGCAUUCCGGAAGUGGUCGGCCACGGAUUCACUGUACGGCUCGAGACACCUGGCCACAAAGUGGACUACGGCGCCAUACGUCUCAAAGGUACUCGCCAAAUCGAUGCGAGAGAUCGACCGAGUACAACUGCUGGUGUUACUCGACCUCAUCGGGAGCGAAAAUCCAAAGUUUUACAACUUUUUUUCCAAUACCCGCAACUAUCAUCGGCGACUGAGCAAAAUCGAAAGCAGUCUGCGGGAGAAAAAGUUACUCUUGAAGGAUCCAAAAUCAGGGACCAUGUUCCUCGAUCAAACGCUCUACAGCCGCGUUGAGGACGAUCAUCUUCCGUUCCUGAAACGGAAUAUUCCGGUGCUCCACUUGAUUCCAGUCCCGUUUCCAAAACAUUGGCAUAAGCCGGAAGACAACGAAGCGAACCUUAGCCGAACGACGAUCAAAAACAUCAAUUCUGUGUUGCGGAUAUUUAUGAUAGAGCAUCUAACAUUUUGCAAUAGUAAAUAUGGACGCUCUUUGCAGAGCUGUUUGCAAUAAAUAUGGCACAAACGGCUUUCUUCACUGCAAAUUAACUCAAAAUUUGAUCUCUUGUCGAGGUACAUUCGUCUAUCAGGACCCUUUUUCCAAUAGUUGGUUUUCCAUCAACAGAAGAUAUGAAAAUAGAUUUUUAUAGUAAAGAUAUUGAAUUGCCGAAUGAUCCUCGAUAUCCUGUUUUUGCAUGUUUUAAUUGUGUGCUACGAGGGCUACGAAUGAAAUGAAUUUUAAU